AUGGCUGCUAUGAGGACUUUAACCGUGGCGGGGCUGUUUUUGGCGUUCUGCGCGCUGGGGCUGAUAGCCGUGGCGAUAAGCACCGACAGCUGGUACGAGACGGACGCCAGGCGGCACCGGGAGCGCUGCAAGAAUUACUCAAACAAAAGAAACGACCCGGGCUACAUCUACAUCUCCAACAACAACCUCCCGCUCCGCAUGCUGCCGAGGGAGAAACACGCAGAGAGGAAGGGCGAUAUUCUGCUGCGGGCCAAGAGGCACUUCUUGCCUCCCGCCUCCGCCAUGGAGUCCCUCUGCAGUCGGCACUUCAACUCCACCAUCACCGGGCUGUGGAGAAAGUGCCACCGGGAAGGAUUCGACCUGGAGACGGAGGAUUUGAUCUUUAAAGGAUUGGUUCCGCGCUGCACACCCAUAAAAUACUACUACUCUUCUGCAGCGCUGCCUAGAAACCUGCCAAUAAAUCUGACGAAGACUAUCAGGCAGGAUGAGUGGCACGCACUCCACCUCCAGAGGAUGACUGCCAGUUUCAUCGGCAUGGCCAUAUCCAUCAUCCUGUUCGGCUGGAUCAUAGGCGUGUUGGGCUGCUGUCAGGAGCAUGAUCUGAUGCAGUAUGUGGCUGGACUCCUCUUCCUCAUGGGAGGGACAUGCUGCAUAAUCUCCCUCUGCACAUGCGUGGCUGGGAUCAACUUCGAACUGUCCCGCUAUCCCCGCUACAUGUUUGGUAUACCAGAGGAUAUCAGUCACGGUUACGGCUGGUCCAUGUUUUGCGCUUGGGGUGGACUGGGCCUCACAUUGCUGGCAGGCUUCCUGUGCACGCUGGCUCCUUCCCUCUACCCCCCACACACCCCUGUGGCUCACAAGCCCAGACAGGAGAACGGCUGCGUGUGACGGGCCGUGACCACCCAAACAGACGCCUGUCUCAUCCUGAAACAGUUUCUGAGCCUCGCUCCGCAGACAGUUUCAUCCGGGGUCACUGAGCGCCUUCAGACAGAGAAAAAACACAGGCUCCCAGACAGACAAAAAUGACACAGAGGUGACAUUUGCCUGAAGCUUAGUUCCUCUGGUGCUUUUUUUCCCGAACGAACUCUUAUGUGUCAUUGCUUGCUCUACAAGAGGGGGACAUCAUCAUUUCUUCCUAUAAAUUCUGCUAGAUUGAGAAGAAGAAAAAGAGAAAAAGAAAAACUGGCAGAAACUCAAUAGCAGAACUUUGAAACAAACUGUAUUGAAGAGAAAAUUAUUGAUGUGCAUCAUCACAUUUCAAAGGGCAACUGUGUAUCAUUAUGUACCCAUUCAAAACUAUAAAUAUGUAUAUGUACUUUUUGAACUGUAUGUAUGCAGAUGCAUUUGUGUUUAUUCAAGGAAAAAUAUGAGCAUUAAGACCAAACAGUGUUUGAGGGAAAUGUUUUGUUUGUUCUCGAGGUCUUACCUUCACCAAGAUAUUUUUGGAAAAAAUAAAACAGCCAUUCAAAACUAAUAAACUGACAUAUAAAUGUUUUUAUAGAUGA